AUGCGCGACGACCACAUGGCGAUAUCUGGAGGAAGGGCUAUGACGUCGCCAGAAAACUCGACGCGAGAAUAUUUGCUACGGCCCCCUGACCCCCCGAGCGGCACGCCGUGCAUCACAGCGCACCUGGACACCGUCACAGUGGCGUGGUCGAGCUCGCCUUACGACGGGGGUAGAAAAGUCACCUGCUACGUCGUCGAGUACACUUUAUUCGGGAGCGACAUUUGGACGACGGCCGUGGACGAUUGCGAGAAUCUCGGCUACGUGGUGGGGGGCCUGCAGCUCGGAGGGAGGUACGUGUUCAGGGUGAGGGCGGUCAACGUCCACGGAGCGAGCAGGCCCAGCCUGGAGAGUGGCAUCGUUCAGCUGGAGGAACACAACGAGUCUUCGUCAUUCGAGCACCGGCUCGUCGUACCGGAACCCGGUGCCGAGUUCAAAUCGCGCUACGACGUCCAAGAGGAACUCGGCAAGGGCCGUUUCGGAGUCGUCCACAAGGUGAUCGACAAAACGUCGCACCUCAAACUCGCCGCCAAGUUCAUCAAAUGCCGCAACCAAAAGGACAAGGACAAGGUCCACGACGAGAUCGACAUCAUGAACCUGCUCAGGCACCAGAAGCUCCUCCAGCUAGCCGCAGCGUUCGAGAACCCCCGCGAAAUGAUCAUGGUCAUGGAGUACAUCUCGGGGGGCGAGCUGUUCGAGCGCGUCGUCGCCGACGACUUCACCCUUACCGAAAAAGACUGCAUCCUGUUCACGAGACAGAUCUGCGAGGGCGUCGCCUACAUGCACACCCAGAGCGUCGUCCAUCUGGAUCUCAAACCGGAGAACAUCAUGUGUCACACCCGCACCUCGCACGAGAUCAAAAUUAUCGACUUCGGUUUGGCCCAGAAACUCGAACCCGACAAACCGGUCAGAGUGCUAUUCGGCACCCCCGAGUUUAUUGCGCCGGAAAUCAUCAGCUACGAGCCGAUCGGCACCAGGUCCGACAUGUGGUCGCUGGGCGUCAUCUGCUACGUGCUCCUGUCGGGUCUGUCGCCGUUUAUGGGCGACAGCGAUUCGGAAACCUUCGCCAACAUCACCAGGGCCGACUACGACUUCGACGACGAGGCCUUCGGCACCGUGUCACAAAACGCGCGGAACUUUAUCGGCGCCUUAUUGGUCAAAAGGAAAGAGGACCGCAUGUCCGCCGAGCAGUGCCUGAAACACGUGUGGCUCGACCCGGACACCCACCGGGAGACGGUCGUCCUCUCUACCGACAAGCUGAAGAAGUUCAUCAUCCGCAGGAAAUGGCAGAAGACGGGAAACGCGAUCCGCGCGCUCGGAAGGAUGGCAACACUGUCGGCCAGCAGGAGGAACUCUGCGAACUCGACACCGAACACGCCCAGGGUCUCGUUCUCCGGCGGCUCGGUGCCGAGGAUGCCCAGCGUCGAGGACAGACGGGGCUCGGGCAUGGUGGCGAGGUACGAUACCUUAUCCGCGUCCUUCGACGAAACGGAAGAGGUUUGUGGGGAGGUGGACCACCAAGCCGAUGAGGUGGUCGAUUUGGACGCGAAAGUCGACGCUGUCGAGGAGGUGUCGGACGUGACGGAAACGAUCGAGAUCGGAGAGAAGGUAGUAGUAGAUUGCGGUACCGGUACCACCGAAGAGUUGGAAGAGGGCCUCCAAGUGAAGGAGUCCAAGUCGCGGAAGUUGGUACGGACGCGGGCGUGCAGCGAGAGGAGCGACAGCGGUAUCAGCGACUGCUCCACCCACCUGACCUCGAGCAGUUGCACCUCCACGCCCCUCCUGGGCAAGAAGUUCCCGAUUGACGAGGAGGACGGCGAGUACCCGAGCGAGGAGAAACUCGCGGCUGAGGGCGGGGCGGGGGAGGGCGAGUUCGGUGGGCGGAGCAAGUCGGACGACGAGGACGGAUGGGGAAGCGACGCGAACAAGCGAUCCGGUAAGCUCGAUGGAUGCGGCGUCAACGCAAAAAGCCAACCACCAAACGCGGGCCACUGCUUAAGCCGCCUGCCUGUUUACACCUCUCGGACGGUGACCGCGACGAGGAAGAAAUUCGACCGCCCCGAAGCCACGCCCACAAACCAACGGCUCCGUCAAGCUCCGCCUUCGUCUCCCGCGCCGGUGCGCAAGCCACGCCCACAUGCCGUGGACCGCCUAGUGGAGAGGUUGGAGGGCGGCGGCGACGGGUCGACGCUGAGGACGGCGACGCCGACGGUGAGGUUCCGCAGCCCGUCGCCGUCGCUGCUGAGAAAAACUCAGGCGGUAAUCGCGAAAGAACAGUGGCGCGACGACCCAGAGCGGUUGUAUCCGAAAAACGGCUGCCCCAAAUCGCCGGGGGCGGCGAGGAAGGAGCGCAAGCCGAAGAGCGAGGCGUUCCAGAGGGCGGCCGCUUUCUGGAACACGCCCAAGACGUGA